ACUUGUUGAUCCUUGUCUUAUACUGAACCACAGCGGAAGCUGAUUUGGUGUGUUAAUGCAGAACAGGGCUCACUCGACGAAACUUGACUUUGCUGAACUUGCAGUCUUUAAAGUGAUCUUCUGCUCCAUCUGUCUCUGUGCAGAAGAGUAUUCUUAAAGACCACCAUGAGAAGAACAACACCUGGGGCAAAGAUGGAUUCUACAUGCUGGUCAUCUGCCUCACAAUAUUCAUCACCAUCUUCACCUGUUUAAUGGUGCUUUACCGACUGAAGGAGAACGAACUGUUGGAUCAGCAGUUGAAAGAUCCGUCAUCACCCCUCCGGGACUUACAGCUGUCACAGAUCCAUGUUCAUGGUGCUCAGCCCCCCCUGACUCUCAAGAACAGCAUGGUACAGGCCGACCAGACCUCCAAAACCUCCUGUGCCACCAAUUCUACCAACACCAUCAAUACAAGCACCCCAUCCUGUAACGACAACAUCCCCCAUACUGAUUCCAGCGUGAGCUCAGAGCUACAGUGCCCCACCGGACACUCUGUGGCUGAGCUCAAAACCAGCGUGUCCUCCGCACAUUCACCAUUUAGGAUGAAAUCCAUUGCAGGACUGCAGGAGAGACGGGGUUCUAAUGUCUCACUGGUUCUGGAUAUGAGCGUUUUAGGAUCUGUUGAGCCUGUAAGUUGUGGGGUCGUGACCCCUUGUGAACGUGUGACUCAAGAAUACCUGCAGUCGGCCAGUCGGGCGCUCUCACGGCAGCAGCUUCAUGAUGUCACACGCAACACUCAGAUGCUUCAUGCAGAGUUUGCGGAAAUUCCCAUGAACUUUGUGGAUCAAAAAGAACUGGAUAUCCCAAAUUAUGGAUCAAAAAACCGAUACAGGACCAUUUUACCAAAUCUACAUUCCAGGGUUCUUCUGAAGACUAAGAAUACCAAUGACCUGCUCAGCAGUUACAUUAAUGCCAACUACAUACGUGGUUAUCUUGGAGAUGAGAAGGUGUUCAUUGCCACUCAGGGUCCAUUGAUCAACACAGUGAAUGACUUCUGGCAGAUGGCCUGGCAAGAGGACUGUCCUGUCAUCGUCAUGAUCACCAAACUCAAAGAGAAGAAUGAAAAAUGUGUUCUGUACUGGCCUGAAAAGAGAGGGAUCUUUGGGAAUGUGGAGGUCUUCAUUAACAAUGUGAAGGAGUGUGACCACUAUGUAAUUCGUAGCCUUAUACUGAAGCAUGGAGACCAGAGUCGUACAGUCCAGCACUACUGGUACACCUCAUGGCCGGAUCAUAAGACUCCGGAGAGUGCCGGCCCAUUGCUUCAGUUAGUGAACGAUGUCGAGGAGGACAGGAGGACUUCAAUAGCCUCUGGACCUGUUGUUGUUCACUGCAGUGCUGGAAUUGGUCGGACAGGGUGUUUCAUCGCCACAACGAUUGGCUGUCGUCAGCUGCAACUGGAGGGAGUUGUGGAUGUGCUGGGAAUUGUGUGCCAACUGAGAAAAGAUAGCGAGAACUCCACACACUGCAGCGACUGCAUUUAUAUUGUGUGUAGCUUCCUGUUCACAAAGAAAGUGUGAGAGGGCUGUCUGCAGUUGGACAUUCUGAUGGAUAGAGACUAUGGCUCCCUGCUCAGCACCCUCAAGAGGAGGAGGCAGCUGACUGCUGAUGAUGAGCUUAGGUUCACAGCAGAGGAGGACAAGGCUCAUGAGCGCAUGAGCACACAGGAGGAAGAUCUGCUGGACCAGGAACUACAGCAGGAACACCCGGACCACGAGGACAUGGAAGAUGAGAUUGAACCUGAUUCCCAGCCAAGACCAUCAACUGGAUAUGCAUGAAUGUGUAUGUAUUGUUUGUUUCUAUUUCUCAUAUGACUGAUACUCACAGUAACACUAAAUCUGUUACUCUUAUUAUUUUAAACCCUUCCACGGGUACUCGGCAGUCCCCCAUGUGGACAGAGUGGUUGCGAUCCACCUGUGUCCUGAGAACGCCACCACAUGGCGGGGUCACCCUGUGCUCCCCUCCAAGGCUUGUAAGAUGACGUCAUCAUUGACUGCCAAAGCCUACAGUGCCACCGAACAGGCCGCAUCCGCCCUGCAUGUCACGGCCCUCCUGCAAGUCCACCAGGCCAAGGCACUUAAAGAUCUUCAUGAGGGUAGUCCUGAUCCCGACGUGCUGCAGGAACUGCGCUCAGUGACCAACCUCGCCCUCAGGGCCACAGCGCAGUCACUCGGGCAGGCGAUGGCCACACUCGUGGUUCAGGAACGUCAUCUGUGGCUGAACUUGGUCGAGAUGCGCGAGACGGACAAGACACGCUUCUUCGACGCCCCUGUCUCCCAGUUCGGCCUCUUCGGCGACACCGUCGAAGAAUUUGCAUAGCAGUUCUCCGCGGUGAAAAAGCAGACGGAGGCCAUUUCAUACAUCCUGCCUCGCCACAACCCUGCCGCCACGGCCCAAGCCCCGUCUGCUCGCCGAGGGCGUCCUCCUGCAGCUAGAAAACGUGCUCUGCCUCAACCCAGGUCCAGCUCUCAGCCCCAGCGUCGAGCACCCAGCAGGAAGUGUACGGACCCCCUUGAGGACCCGGAAGUCUUCCAGGCACUCCGGAGCUGGUAAGCAGACCACUCCGUCCCCUGGUGGAGGGCCAGGAGAAGAAUCUUUAUUUGAAUUUAUUUCAUUUGCCACACACCUCCGGGACUGCGGUACCCAUAUUCUCAAUAAAAGAGCGAUUUACUUUGUCUCUGGGUCACCUGGCCCGCAAAUGCUGUUCUCACGGCACUCUGCUGCCAGACCUCGACAGUCCCCUGGACGCGGACCACCCCGCCUCCAGCCAAGCCCCGGCCGGCCAGUUCUGACGAGUCUAGAGGACGCCGAUGCUGGACCUCCUCCUCAGUCACUAACCCGCCCCCUGCCAGGUCUGCGGAGGUAAGUGCUUCCAGUCUUUUCUCAGCACCAGAGCCUCGGGACACACUUUCGCCUCCUGACGCCGUACUACCUGCUCCGCCCCACUGGGAACAUAAAAAAUAAUCGUCCCUUUAGUGCCCCUAGCACGGAGCUUGGAUGCGUGGCUUUCACUUCCCAACCCGUCUCGCUGGCUGGCCAGGACCAUCCGACUCGGUUACGCAAUUCAGUUUGCCAGGCCCCCACCCCACUUCGCGGGUGUCCGCUUUUCCGCAGUACACAGUGAACAUGCCAAGUCCCUGCACGCGGAAAUCGUGACUCUUUUGCUCAAAGACCCGAUAGAGCCUGUCCCUCCAACCGAGAUGAAGAAGGGUCUCUAUAGCCCUUACUUCAUCAUAUCCAAAAAAGGCGGUGGCUUACGACCAAUCUUGGACUUGCGAGUUUUCAACCAGGCCUUACACAAACACCCGUCCAAAAUACUCAACUACCUGGACGACUGGCUCAUCCUGGCCCACUCCCGAGAGUUACUAUGCGCCCACAGAACCAGGUACUCAGGCACCUCAGCCGUUUAGGGCUUCAGGUCAACUGGAAAAGAGCAAGCUCGCCCCGGUUCAGAGCAUCUCUUUUCUCGGCAUGGAGUUAGACUCAGUCUCAAUGUCCGCAUGCCUCACCAACGAGCACGUGCAGUCAGUGCUGAAAUGCCUCGCCACAUUCAGGCCAGGCACAACGGCCCCUUUAAAACUUUUCCAGAAGCUCCUGGGGCAUAUGGCAUCCUCCACGCCGGUGGUGCUGCUGGGGUUGAUGCAUAUGAGAUCAGCAUGGCACCGCGGCACGCACCGUGUGAUGGUCACCCCCACCUGCCGCCAAACAUUCAAACCCUGGACAGACCUCUGCUUUCUGCGGGCAGGAGUCCCCUUGCAGCAGGUGUCCCGACGCAUCCUGGUCACGACGAUGCCUCCAGAUUGAGUUGGGGCGCCGUUUGCAAUGGACACGCAACUGCGGGCCGUUGGAAAGGGGCCCCGCUGCUCUGGCACAACAACUGCCUGGAGUUGCUGACUGUUUUCCUUGCCCUGCGGAAGUUUCUCCCGGUAGUUCAGGGCAAACACGUCUUGAUCAAAUCAGACCGCACCACCGCAGUAGCGUACAUAAAUCGGCAAGGCGGCAUACGCUCCCGCCACAUGUCACAACUCGCCCGUCUUCUCCUCCUUUGGAGCCAGCAAGUCACUGUGUGCCACUCACAUUCCCGGCAACCUCAAUGUGGUAGCGGACGCGCUCUCACGACAACGCUUGCCCAGUGGAGAGUGGAGGCCUCACCCCCAGUCGGUCCAGCUGAUUUGGGAAUGGUUCGGCAAGGCUCAGGUAGACCUGUUCGCCUCCCGAGAGACCUCCCACUGCCCGCUUUGAUAUGCCCGAACAGAGGCUCCCCUCGGGGCAGACGCACUGGCACACAGCUGACCCGCGGGGCUGCGCAAGUACGGAUUUCCCCCCUUUACAUUUAUGCAUUUGGAUGAAUGCAUUAUGCACAGAGCCCUUAUUACAGGGACAAUCCCACCGGAGCAACCUGGAGUUGCUCAAGGACACAAUGGUGGUGGCUGUGGGGAUCGACCCGACAACCUUCUGAUUACCAGUUUACCAGUUUUGUGGUUUAGACCACGACACCACCACCAGUGAGUCUUGUCCCGUGUUUUCUCAGGACCGAGCUGGUAGAACUCGGUAACACGCGUCACCUUGUUCCCCUCUCUAGGGUAACUAUAAGUGUUCCGACGACUUUAUGGGGCAUUGGUGUAGGGUACGUGCAGUCUGAUACAGCUGGUCGUUUUGGCACAUCAAGUACCUGCCCGCUCCUGUGUCAGCAGUACACGUACACGGCUCAACGUCGAAGUGAGCGACAGACGGGGAACGUCUAGGUUACGGAUGUAACCUUGGUUCCCUGAUGGAGGGAACGAGACAUUGUGUCCUCCCGGCCAUGUCGCUGAGCCGAGCCACUGUUGUGGCUGGACCAUUUGCGGUUCCUCAGAAAAAUCCUGAAUGGAACAGACGCAUUUCCCCACCUUUAUACCCGUAUGUCCGGGGUGGGACAUGGAAAUUCUGUUCGCCAACUUCUCAUUGGCCUUUUUUCAUAGAUCAGAGGUAUAUUCGCCGCUCAAGAGAGACCCUUAGUGUCGAUUCUUCGACACAACGUCUCGUUCCCUCCAUCAGGGAACGGAGGUUACAUCUGUAACGUAGACGUUUUAUUCCAUUUUCCCACUAAUCACUAGAAUGGUCAUAACUUUUACACAAUAGAUUAUAUUUCUAAAUUGUCUGCUAUUAUACGUUGCCCACAAAAUUAUGUAUAUUUCAUAUAUUCUAAGUUUUCCUCUAGCUUGUAAUUAAAAUGGAUGAAAAUGCAGUUUUCUGAUGAAGUAUUGUGGCUGGAGAAGAUUUUUGUAAAAUUGCUGUGUGAAAUCUUAUUGAUAAAGGAUGAUUAGCCUUAAAUAAUCAUACAUAUAUUAUCUCAUUUGAAAGACCUAGUUCUUCUCUUCAAAAUGUAUAUAGAGUUCAGGUUUGUGAUGUUAUAUAAAUAUGCAUAUAAUAUGAAUUUGGAUAUGAAUACCAUAUUCUGGCACAGAAUGGAAUUUUCUGAAUUUUGGGCUCAGGCUGGAAAGGGUUAACUUGCAUCUGUUGAUGCAGCGGUGAAUGAUGUUGACUAACAAAGGUUCACUAAAGUUAUCCCGAGCUCAUGUUCACGAUAUCAUUACAGAAGCAUGACAGUUUUUAAGACAAGUGCCGUCUGAGGGAUCAGAGAUCAUGCACAAUCAAAAGUAGUUUUCAACCUCAAACCACAUAUUGUCAGGUGUACAAGUGCAUGUCUGUGUAAACAGAGAGUGCGGGUGCUAGAUUGACCUGUCUGCAGUCCUGAUCAUCUCCAAUUGAGAAUGUGUGGCGCAUUAUGAAGCAAUGCGGCAACAAAGACCCCCAUACAAUUGUGCAGCUGAAGACCUGUAUAAUGGAUGAAUGGGGGGAAAUUCCACUUUUUAGACUUAACAAACUUGUGUCUUCAGUGCCCAAAUGCAUAAUAAGUGUUAUUAGAAGAAAUGGUGAUGUUCCACAGUGCUAAACACUCAAACAUUUUUGGAGCUUGUUGUAAUCAUCUGAUUUGAAAUGCGUGUAUAUUUAAAUUCAAGGUAAAACAUAAUAUCAUGUGUAG